AUGGAUACAGACCAGCAGUCGGUCGAGCUGAAGGAAAAGGAGACACAGCUCUCCAAGCGCUUCUAUUUCGCUUUCUUCUCCAUGUCUGUUCUAGCACUAGCUGCUGCUCUUUCAACGACAUCGGUCUCUAUUGCACUUAAGACAAUCGCCCAGGACUUCCAGCUGUCCACGCCGCGAACGUUCUGGUUGGGAACAUCAACUGCUCUCACCUCAACAAUUAUCCAGCCCUGCUGUGCAACACUGGCCGACGUGUUUGGUCGAAAAGUCGCGCUGACAGGCAGUGCGCUGCUCCUCGCGGUUGGCUCGCUGAUGGGAGCUCUCGCACCGAACUACGCAACAAUCCUCGCAGGGCGGACAUUACAGGGCCUUGGAUCAGGGGGGAUUUCAGCUCUGACCGACAUUAUCGUCACCGAUCUCGUUCCAUUGCGCGUCCGUGGCAAGUGGUUCGCUUUCAUCAGUGUGCCCUGGGCCAUCGGGACGACAAUCGGGCCUGUCCUCUCUGGCAUUCUCACGACGGGAGGGUCUUGGCGAUGGGUUUUUGGAAUCAACGUCAUUGCCACUACAAGCGCAGCCAUCGCCUGUUGGAUUGCAUUACCCCCAAUACCCAGCGCCCAGCACACCGUGUCAAGCCUCGUCCAGGUAGACCUGGCUGGAUUCCUGCUGCUGUCGCUGUCCUUGGUGGCAAUCCUCGUGCCUAUCAUGCAGGCUUCGGUUGUACACCCCUGGGGUGACGCGCAUACUCUGGCGCCGCUCAUUGCCGGCGUCUUGGGUCUCGUACUCUUCCUCAUCUACGAGCAAUGGUGGGCUCGCAAUCCCCUUAUUCCCCUCGCGCAGUUCCGAAACCGCUCCUGUCUCCUCGCCUUCUUCUGCGCCAUGCUGCACGGUAUGGCCCUGUGGUGUAUCAUGUACUACCUGCCCGUCUACUACGAAAGCAUCAAAGGGUUCAGCAGUCUCGACAGCGGACUGGCCGUGCUGCCCGAGACCCUGACAUUGGUCCCGGCCUCUAUUCUCAUCGGCUACUUGGUGAGCUGGAGCGGCAGUUACAGAUGGGCGAUAUGGCUCGGUUGGAGCGUCUCGACAUUGGGUUCGGCGCUCCUAUACCUGCUCGCCCCUUCAACCUCGAAAGGCGUAUGGAUUGCCCUUAAUCUGCCGGUUGGAGUGGGAAUGGGCCUUUUGUUUGGAGCAAUGGGGUUUGCAGUGCAGGCUGCUGUAGAUCCUGAGCGGGUGUCGUUGGCUGUGACGCUCUUCUCCUUCUGGCGCUCAUUUGGUGCUGCUCUUGGAAUUUCAAUCGGCAGUGCUAUUGUGUCCAGCGCGGGCCAUAUCCAGACUCAAAGCUCACCGUCGUCUGCAGCAGCUUCAGCCCUGAUCGAUUCAAGCAUGAACGCUCUACGCCGCGUUUGGAUCUUCUGCGCUGUUGCGUGUGCUGUCGCCCUGGUUGGGAGCCUUGGGAUUGAGUCUUUCUCGCUGGAUCAGCCUUUGGUCAAGAAGGAUUCGGCGUCUGGUAAUUCUGUCGAUGCUGUAUAG